AUGGGAAAGCAUGGCGGCUUUCUCACUUAUUCUGAUCAUUAUGACCCAGGCAAACUCCUAGACCGAAAAUGGGAAAAUUGUAUGACCCUCGACAAAGAAUCAUGGGGACAUCGUCGCACGAUGAAGGUGUGUUGCUUUUUUCAGAUUUGA